AUGCCUCAGGUUUUGCCUCUAGCUCAAGUUAUUACUUCGCUUAGCUGUCUUACAGCGGAGGACGUCGCAAAGCUGAACCAGCACUCUCGGUGCUUCAAGCUCCUACAUAGUCUUCGAGAGUCUGUCGGUCGAGUUCCAAGCUCCAGUGGUUGUGGGUCGGCAGAUAGUUCCGACUUCAAGCGAUCAUAUGAUCGCAUGAGGCGCUUUGUGAAUGAAAAUUCAGCCGGUAGCGGCGGUGAAGGUGGAGGUGGUGGUAACGAGGACACCGGGGAUGAGAUUUUGGAAGGCGUCUUUGAAAGUAGCGACGAAGAGUCUAAAGAUUGCGGCGAAACCCACUCCUCUCCUCUAAAAGUGCCAAAUACCUGUGAUGAG